AUGGGGUUUGCUCCGUUCUUGCAAGCCUUAAAUAUCUUGACUACGAAAAAUCUUCCAACGCCGGCAGCGCUCCCAAACGUCCAAGAAGAGUCGAAGGAGAAGCCGAAGUCCAAGACGACCUGCACCCAAUACUCUGGCGAAGAGACCGAGCUCGUAGCAAUAUUGUGGGCGGAGGCUACCCAUAAUCCUAUUUUGGGAACGUCCCAAAGGUGGCUCCAAUAUUGGGGUUCAAUCAUCGAGAAGUACAAUAACCUCAAACCGGUGGGAGCGCCGAGGCGUAAGCCCGAUCAUCUCAAAUCCCACUUUGCACGCGUCCAAAAGGACGUGAAAAUUUGGGAAGGCUUCUACAACACUUGCAAGGACAAUUGGGGCAGCGGUAUGAGCGAUGACCAAAUCAUCGAACAAGCCCAGACGAUGUACGAGGCGAAUCACAGGAAGAGAUUCGGCUACAUCAAAGCUUGGAAAGUCCUGCGCGAGUGUGAAAGGUUCUCAUCGCAAGCCGCAGAUGUCUAG